AGCUUCCACCGGAGGCGCUGGGGACAUGGAGCGGACCUGAGCCGGGCGAAGCGGUAGCGGAACCCACACCGGCAACCGGCAGCGGCGGCAGCACCGAGAGCGGCGGCGGGGACAGGGGCACCGCGCGGAGGAGCCGAUGUCCAUGAGGAGCCCUGUUUCUCCCCACCUGGAGCUCGAUGGAGCAGGCAGCAUGGUGAACUGCACCAUCAAGACAGAGGAGAAGAAGGAGGUUGGCUACGAGUCCCCACCUGGAGCUGCUCCCAGCACUGAGCCUCAGCCCAGUGACCCACCUGGGCCACCACCCAGGGAGGGCACCGACCCUCAGACCCUGCCACAGGAGUCCUGCUCGCCCCCCAGCGAUGCGUUGGAGCCCAGGAGCUCUGCCUUCGAGCCGGCCACCAGCGGCCAGGACAAGCUGGACUUCAACAAGAACCUGAAGGAGGUGAUGCCAACCAUCGAGAAGCUGCUGUCCAGUGACUGGAAGGAGCAGCUGCUGGGCAGAAACGCUGCCGAGUCCAAGGAAGUGAAAGGCACCCAGGAGAGCCUGGCUGAGAAGGAGCUGCAGCUACUCGUCAUGAUCAACCAACUGUCCACGCUGCGGGACCAGCUGCUGACAGCCCACUCGGAGCAGAAGAACAUGGCAGCCAUGCUCUUCGAGAAGCAGCAGCAGCAGAUGGAGCUGGCAAGGCAGCAGCAGGAGCAGAUCGCCAAGCAGCAGCAGCAGCUGAUCCAGCAGCAGCACAAAAUCAACCUGCUGCAGCAACAGAUCCAGCAGGUCAACAUGCCCUACGUCAUGAUCCCUGCCUUCACCCCCAGCCACCAGCCCCUCCCUGUCACUCCUGACUCCCAGCUAGCGCUGCCCAUCCAGCCCAUCCCUUGCAAACCAGUGGAUUACCCAGUGCAGCUGCUGCACAGCUCCCCUCCUCCCACCAUGAAGAGACCUCCUGGCUCAGGUCACCUCCAGCUGCAGGAGACCUCACAGCCACUGAACCUGACAGCCAAACCCAAAGGCUCUGACCUCCCCAGUGCCUCCAGCUCACCCAGUUUGAAGAUGAGCAGCUGCCAGUCCCUCACACCAAGCCAUGGUGCCACCAGGGACCUGCAGGCCAGCCCCUCCAGCCUGCCCCUGGGGUUCCUGGGUGAAGGUGAUGCCAUCACCAAAGCCAUCCAGGACGCUCGGCAGCUGCUGCAUGGCCACAGCGGUGCCAUGGAGGGGUCCCUGAGUGGCUCCUACCGUAAGGAUCACAUCGGGAUUGACUCAUCCCCAGUGAAGGAGCGCAUGGAGGAGCCCCCAGCCCACCGGCUGGACGAGGCUCUGUUGAGCUGUGAGAUGGAUGGCUCUCGGCACUUCCCUGAGUCCAGGAACAACAACCACAUCAAGCGGCCCAUGAACGCCUUCAUGGUGUGGGCCAAGGAUGAGAGGAGGAAGAUCCUGCAGGCAUUCCCAGACAUGCACAACUCCAGCAUCAGCAAGAUCCUAGGCUCCCGGUGGAAGUCCAUGAGCAACCAGGAGAAGCAGCCCUACUACGAGGAGCAGGCCAGGCUGAGCAGGCAGCACCUGGAGAAGUAUCCUGACUACAAGUACAAGCCCCGGCCCAAGCGCACCUGCAUCGUGGAGGGCAAGCGGCUGCGGGUGGGCGAGUACAAGGCGCUGAUGAGGAACCGGCGCCAGGACGCCAGGCAGGGCUACUUGAUAGGACCCCAGGGCACCCAGCUGCCCGCUGCCUCCUCGGAUGUGCUGUACCAGCGGCCGGUGGGCAUGCAGCUGACCCCUCCCUUGCUGGAGCACUACCUGCCCCGCGGCAUGGACCCUGGCAUGCCCAUCAUCGUCAACACACGCAGCCUGAAGGAGGGCGAGGGCGGCGGCGGCGGCGAGGACGGGCAGGCGGCGGCGGAGGCGGAGCUGUACCGCUACAGCGAGGAGGAGGACUCGGAGGGCGAGGACAAGAGCGAUGGAGAGUUGGUGGUGCUGACAGACUGA